UUCAAGCUACCAGAAGAAAGAGAAUCGCAAAAUUCGAAGUUGUCUAGAACAUUUCCAUUUUUCCACGUUCGAGCAGGCAUUAGAAGAUGCGGAGUUGAAAAUUUCAACCAAAAAAUCAAAAUUCUCCCCUGGCGGCUUGGCCAUCCCACAACUUAAAAAUAACCCAACGGUCUCCCAUCCAACCUCAGAUUUACCCACAUAUACGUUUGGUAGGCGAAGAGGUGUGUUGUCACUUGUGCAGAUUUGAGAUUCGAUCGCAGAGCAGAGCAGAUCAGAAUGGCGACGAUGGAAAAUUUAAUCGGACUGGUAAACAGAAUUCAGAUGGCUUGUACAGUUCUUGGGGACUAUGGCGGUGACAGUGCCCUUCCUACGCUCUGGGAGUCCCUUCCUUCUGUGGCCGUGGUGGGAGGCCAGAGUUCGGGAAAAUCAUCUGUUCUUGAGAGCAUUGUGGGAAGGGACUUUUUGCCGCGGGGUUCAGGUAUUGUGACAAGAAGGCCCCUUGUACUACAACUUCACAAAACAGACGAAGGGACACCUGAAUAUGGAGAAUUUCUACAUCGUCCCAACAAAAAGAUUACAGAUUUUGCUAAGGUGCGUAGUGAGAUUCAAGAGGAAACUGACAGAAUUACAGGACGCACCAAAAUGAUUUCUCCUGUACCAAUUCAUCUCAGCAUAUAUUCUCCAAAUGUUGUAAAUUUGACACUCAUUGAUCUGCCUGGAUUAACAAAGGUUGCUGUAGACGGACAGCCAGAGAGCAUUGUUGGUGACAUUGAAAACAUGGUUCGAAGUUAUGUUGAAAAGCCUAAUAGUAUUAUACUGGCAAUUUCUCCUGCAAACCAAGAUAUUGCAACAUCAGAUGCCAUAAAACUGGCCCGAGAGGUGGAUCCUACAGGUGAAAGGACAUUUGGUGUCUUGACAAAGCUUGAUCUCAUGGAUAAGGGAACCAAUGCUUUGGAUGUUCUUGAAGGGCGAUCAUAUCGUUUACAACGUCCAUGGGUUGGAGUUGUCAAUCGCUCACAAGCUGAUAUCAAUAAGAGUGUUGAUAUGAUAGCUGCUCGACGGAGGGAACGUGAAUAUUUUUCAACCAGUUCUGAUUAUGGGCACUUGGCAAAUCGGAUGGGUUCAGAAUAUCUAGCGAAGCUACUCUCUAAGCAUUUGGAGAGUGUCAUUAAGUCACGUAUACCAAGUAUUGUCUCAUUGAUAAAUAAAACCAUUGAUGAGCUUGAAUCAGAAAUGGACCACCUCGGCCGACCUAUUGCUGUUGAUGCAGGGGCACAACUAUAUAUGAUAUUAGAGCUUUGUCGUGCUUUUGAUCGUAUUUUCAAAGAACAUCUUGAUGGAGGGCGACCUGGAGGGGAGAAAAUCUAUGGAGUUUUUGAAAACCAGCUUCCAGCAGCUUUGAAAAAACUACCUUUUGAUCGACAUCUUUCUUUGCAAAAUGUGAGGAAGGUGGUCUCUGAGGCUGAUGGUUAUCAGCCUCAUUUGAUAGCUCCUGAACAAGGAUAUCGGAGGCUUAUAGAUGGUGCUCUUAGUUAUUUCAAGGGUCCCUCUGAAGCAUCUGUUGACGCAGUGCAUUUUAUCCUCAAGGAACUUGUUCGCAAAUCUCUAAGUGAAACUCAGGAGUUGAAGCGCUUCCCUACCCUUCAAGCAGAAAUAGCAGCUGCUGCAGGAGAAGCUUUGGAGAGGUUCCGUGAAGAUGGCCGUAAAACUUCAUUGAGAUUAGUGGAGAUGGAAUCUAGUUAUUUGACUGUUGAGUUUUUCCGUAAACUCCCCCAAGAAGUGGAGAAAGGUGGAAAUCCUGCAGCACCAGCCAUGGAUCGUUAUACAGAAGCUCACCUCAGAAGAAUAGGUUCCAAUGUUUCUGCAUAUGUGGGCAUGGUGUGCGAUACUCUAAGGAAUUCAAUACCUAAAGCUGUGGUUCAUUGUCAAGUCCGUGAGGCAAAACGCUCUUUGCUUGAUCACUUCUAUACUCAAAUUGGCAAAAAGGAGGGAAAACAACUAGGACUUUUGUUAGAUGAAGAUCCAGCAUUAAUGGAGCGUAGGACUGCAUGUGCCAAAAGACUUGAGUUGUAUAAGGCAGCUCGGGAUGAAGUUGAUUCUGUUGCCUGGGCAAGAUAAGAUUGUGAUUAACAAUGGAAAUCAAUGCGACACUCACUUUGAUACCUGGUUACAGAACCAUGUUCCACAUUACAAAUCAUCAUAUGAACAGAUCUGACAUUUUUCAUGGCUUCUGCUCUAAAAGCUCUUUUGUAGUAUAUGAUUUUUUUAUUGCAGUGUUGUCUGUAGAGCUUAUUAAUCUUUUGAUGCUAUAUCAUGUCUUCAGUUAUCAGAAUCAAAACAUUUUUUGGUUCCUAAUUCUUCAAGUUAGGAACAAGUGAAGCUCUUUACAUGUUGCAAUAUCGUCCGGUGAGUUGUAACCAUUGCUUGUAUUAAAUUGUCUUAAAAGAGUUAGAGAUUCAUGUUUUCCUAAGAACAGCCCACAUUGUUCUAUUUUUUAAUUAAUUUAUUGAAAUUUGAAAGUACA